AUGUCCACCAAUCCUAUUGUUCUUGCCCGUGGACACACUGAAGCAGUCACAACUUUGUCACUUUCUGAUCAUCUGCUGGCAUCUGGAAGUGCGGAUGGCAAUACCUAUUUCUGGUCUCUGGAUUUGAUCCAAAGUCCUUGUCCUGUUCUCCAGGCUCCAAGAUAUGGUCACUGUUCUAGUCUCAAAUUUAGUGUUAAACAAGAAAAUAUACUCUACGGGGCGUAUAGCCAAGAAAUUAUCUCGUGGGAUAUACGCAACUUAAGACAGCUAUUCGAUAUUUGGAAAGUUAAUGAAGGGAGAGUAAAUUCGAUUGACGUAUCUGAGACUGAAGACCGGCUGGCGUCAGCAGAUGAUACUGGUACAGUACAGAUUAUUGAUCUGAGUAAUGGUUCGCUUGUUCGUACUCUCAAGAAACAUGAUAACAGCGUGUCUUCAGUUAAGUUCCGACCGGGUCGUCCCUGGCAGCUGGUGAGCGGUGGUGUCGACUGUAAAGUUGUCGUAUCCGACUGGCGGGGAUCAGGCUUGGCGGUUAAUAUUUUUGAGCUGAGUGAAAUUGCUGACUACUCUGGCUCAGACUCAAACAAUGUUGAGGCUGACGAUUCUUAUAUAGACAGUAUAGAUGAUGAAUCCUUGAAUGUACUCCUCCGUUCCAACUCCACCAUGAACUUUGACGGGGGUAAUACCAGAACGAAUGACCGCAUUCGAGAUCGGUUCGCCGAGCAGAUUGUAAGUCAACCAGCGUCAACAUCUUUUCGUGUAUGUUACAUGUGUCCUUAUUAACUGUGUUUCAACCUACAGGAUUUCAUGAUGACAAGAACAGUAUCCUGUUCCAUGACUCCUCAUUUUAUAAAGUAGCCUACUGUGUAGACUAAAGUGGGAUGAAACUUAGGCAUUUCAGCGUGUGUUCUAGGUGUUAAUCUCAAUAUUUCUGGUCGCUUCUUUAAAAGUGAAAUCUGUUUAUUUUUGGUCUGUCAUGUCGGAAAGUAUAUAAUGAGCUGUAAAUCCCAGUUGGCGUCACAAUUAAGGCUCUUCAUCUCAUUCUAGUGAAGCUCAUAAUCGUAAAUUUGAUGAUUGUAAUACAAGCUCCGGAACACCCGUG